AUGGCCGCUAUCUUUGGUGUCUGGGAUUGGGUAGUAUUUGCUUCCGUGCUCGUCAUUUCGGUAGUCAUUGGAGCUUAUCACGCCUUUGUAGGAGGAAAGAAAACUUCAGGAGAACUGCUAAUGGGAAGUCGGAACAUUGGUUUUGUUCCCGCAGCGAUUUCAAUUAUCGUUUCUUUUCAGUCCGCCAUCUUGUUUCUAGGCGUACCGGCGGAGAUGUACACACAGGGGACAAUGUACUAUAUCAGCACUAUCGGCUAUGUGGGUGGAGGAUUGAUGACGUCAUUAAUAUUUGUUCCAUUGUUUUAUCCCCUUAAACUUACUAGUGUUUAUGAGUAUUUGGAACUAAGAUAUAAGUCUAAGUCUGUCAGGCUUGUGGCCAGUACAAUAAGCAUAAUUUCAACCUUGAUGUUUAGUGGUUUCAUAUCGUAUGCCCCAGCUACUGCGUUGGAACAAGUGAGCGGUUUCCCGGUAUGGGGAUCUAUCAUUUUAAUUGGCGUUAUAUGUGCACUUUACACACUACUGGGGGGACUCAAAGCCGUUGUUUGGGUCGAUACGUUCCAAGCUAUGAUAAUGAUGGCAGGUCUGUUCGCAAUCACGAUCAAGGCCAUAUUGGAGGUAGGCAACCUAUAUGAAGUCUGGCAGAUCAAUCAGUACUGGGGGAGGAUACAGUUCUGGAAUUUUGAUCCGGAUCCAUCUGUCCGCCACACGUUUUGGAACCUUACAAUAGCAUGGGGUGUAAGUUCAACUGGUUACCUUGGAUGCAGUCAGCCCAGUGUACAACGAUUCUGCGCAACGAGGACCAUUCAGGAGGCGAGGAAGGCGAUAUGGGUGAACAUGGUCGGUAAUAUCACCAUGACGACUGUUGCCUGUGUUGCUGGAAUUUCAAUAUUCGCUUACUACGCCAAGCAAGGUUGUGACCCAAUAUCCAGUGGAGACGUGUCUAACAUUAACCAGUUGGUGCCUCAUUUUGUGCAAGAACUGCUUGGUUUUCCUGGAAUUCCCGGUCUAUUUAUAGCAAGUCUCUUCAGUGGAUCGUUAAGUACAGUUUCGUCAAACCUGAGCUCCCUUUGUGCACAAACAUGGGAGGACAUGCUAAAACCAGUCUUUAAAGAAAAAAGAGAAGAACAAAAAACUAAAAUUAUCCGUUUUCUUGGUGCUGGUUGUUGUUUGUUAUUGAUGUUGUUGUUUGUUACUGUUGUUGUUGAUUACACGGUGCUUGUAUCCAUUCAUUGUUAA